CUGUACAUCUCGGAUGAAGAACAUUUAAAGUUGUAUUUGAAAAAUUCCGCACGAUAGAGCGCCAGUGGUGACGGAAGUGAUAUUUGUUCAAAAGUACCAACCUACAAGAUAAUUGUUCAAAAGAAACAAUAGAGUUGACGUUUGCAGUAUUGAGAGUUCUGCAAACAUGUCUACGCACAACUCGUUCAGUGUCGCAAAGAAGGAUGAGAAGGGGAGAAAUAUUCAAGUCGUUGUGAGAUGCAGACCCUUCAACAACGCGGAACGCAAGACUGCCGCCCAUGGAGUCAUUGAUACAGUAGAAAAUCGAAAAGAGAUCAAUGUGCGAACGGGAGGGAUUGGCGACAAGUCAGCUAGGAAGACGUACACCUUUGAUAUGGUGUUUGGUCCAUCUGCCAAGCAAAUUGAUGUCUACAAGAGUGUUGUCUGCCCUAUUUUGGAUGAAGUGAUAGGUGGAUACAAUUGUACAGUUUUUGCGUAUGGCCAAACAGGAACAGGAAAGACUUUUACAAUGGAAGGAGAAAGAUCUCCAAAUGAAGAAUUUACAUGGGAAGAGGAUCCUCUUGCAGGUAUCAUUCCCCGGACACUUCAUCAGAUAUUUGAGAAGCUGUCUGAAAGUGGGACAGAGUUUUCUGUCAAGGUUUCCUUGCUGGAGAUCUACAAUGAAGAGUUGUUUGACCUGCUGAGCCCUUUUCCUGACGUCACUGAACGUCUUCAGUUGUUUGAUGAUCCACGUAACAAGAGGGGUGUUAUCAUCAAGGGCCUGGAAGAAAUCACAGUACACAACAAAAAUGAGGUUUACCAGAUUUUGGAGCGUGGAUCUGCCAAGAGGAAAACUGCCUCCACUCUCAUGAAUGCAUAUUCCAGCCGCUCUCACUCAGUGUUCUCCGUCACGAUUCAUAUGAAGGAGAUAACUGUUGAUGGAGAGGAACUGGUCAAGAUUGGGAAACUGAACUUGGUUGACCUUGCUGGCAGUGAGAACAUCGGCCGCUCCGGGGCUGUGGACAAGCGGGCGCGUGAAGCUGGCAACAUCAACCAAUCUCUGCUGACGCUGGGCAGGGUGAUCACGGCACUCGUGGAGAAGAGGCCCCAUGUGCCCUACAGGGAGUCCAAACUCACCCGCAUCCUCCAGGACUCACUGGGAGGCCGCACUAAGACUUCCAUCAUUGCCACAGUUUCACCAGCCUCCAUCAACUUGGAGGAAACUCUGAGCACACUGGAUUAUGCCAACAGGGCCAAGAACAUCAUGAACAAGCCUGAGGUGAACCAGAAGUUGACAAAGAGAACUCUUAUCAAGGAAUACACAGAGGAAAUUGAGCGUCUAAAACGGGAUUUGGCUGCCACUCGUGACAAGAAUGGAGUGUAUCUGUCAUCUGAGAACUAUGAGAGCAUGGCAGCUGCGAUAUCUUCCCAAGAGGAGCAUAUAACUGAAUACACAGAGAAGAUUGCUGCAGUGGAGGAGGAACUGAAGAGCGUUACAGAGCUGUUUGAGAAUCGCAAGGAGAAGCUGGACAAGUGCACCAAUGACCUAGAGGAGAAGAACCAGAAGCUGCAGGAGACUCACAGGGACCUGCAGAAGACUAAGCAGAAGCUCAUUGAGGAGGAGUUUAUAGUGUCUGAGCUGGCCACCACCGAGGAGAAACUGUACACCACUGCAGACAAGUUGCUGACAACUGUUGACGCAAGCACCAAAGAUGUGUCUGGCCUGCAUGCCAAGCUGGAGAGGAAGAAAAAGGUUGAGGAGCACAACUCUGAGAUCCAGAUGAGUUUCGCAGACUGCAUGGAUGCUAUGUUCAGCCAGAUGCAGAAUUCUGUAGAAGACCAGCACAGCAAGCACCAGGGCAUGCUGGAGUCCUACAAAACCUCAGUUGAUGGUCUUCUCACAGUCAACGACAAAGCUUUCAUAGGAGCCAUGGCUACUGUAGCCACGUCCUUCUGCAGCAUCAAAGACCUGGUUGCUGAUGGCAUGACCAAGUGUCAGGCUAAGAUGAUGGAGCAGGAGACGCUGUGUGUGGAGGCUAAAAACAGUCUGCACCAGGUUUUGGAGGAGCAUAAGCUGGAGCUUGAGGAGGUCCUGGUGGCCCAGGUGUUGCCUGGUCUGAGUGCUAUCAUGGCCAUGAACGACAGCCUGAGGAAGACACUUGAGACCCACCAUGCCCUGGCAGCUAAGAUGGAGUGCAUAAAGGUGGAGACGGCGUCUUUCUUCAGUGGCCAUGCCCAGGACCUGGCUACCCUGAGGGAGACUGCAACAGAAGGUCUCGGCACCCUAAAGACUGAGCACGACAAGCUGAAGGAACAGAUCAGCAGAGCAGACAAGGAGCACCAGACGGGCAUGACUCAGGUGAUCCAGUGUCUGCAGAACCAGCUCAACCUCCUGGCCAUGGAGACCCAGAAUAACUAUGCCGGCCUGAUGAAUGCCUCCGAUGCCCUGCAGGUCCCUGUUCAGUCCCUUCAGCAGACCCUUCAAACGAGAUGCAGUGUGUCUGAGAACCAGACCGCCACCCAAAAGGAGCGUCUAGAGUCCACCACUGCCAGCUUGAUCUCUGCGGUCCAACAGACUGCCCAGGAGGCCAAGCGCACAGUGGACGAGUGCUCCGGCUACUGCAGCCACCUGCACAGCUCUCUGACCCAGCUGGGUGAGAAGAGUCUGCAGUGGUGUGCCUCUACCAAAGAUGGCAUUGACUCCCAGGCCCAGGUUCAGCUCACCCUGAUCAGAGACCAAACUGCCUCCGCUCAGACCCUGCUAACGAGAGUGGAGCAGAGCUGUGAAGAGAGUGUCCAGGAGGUGAGUGGGCAGCUGAAGCAGCAGGGGAUGGUGGAGGGUCUGGGGGCCAUGAAGGAGCAGACGUCACUGGACCAGAACACCCUGGAACACCACCAGACGGAACUCAAGGCCCACUUGGAGGAUGGCCUGGCCCGUGUCCACAGCUUCCUCAGCGAGGAGCUCCUACAGGAUGUCCCAACUGGUACAACUCCUCGCAGGAGGGACUUUGUGUACCCACGUCUCCUGGCCAAGUCGAGGAGCAGAGCAGAACUGCUGGAGAACCUCCGCCACAAGCAGGAGGAGCUGCAGAUGUCCCUGUUCCAGUGUGACGCAGUGGAGGAGGAGGAGAAACAGGUUGAUCAGGACUCGCUGGAGGAUGAGGUGAGCGGCUAUGACUACGUCACUGAGCCGCCUUACAUAGACGAAAACCUCAUGUGCUACGAGAAAGCAAGAGUGCCGUUCUUCAAGCAAAAGAAGACCGGCAAGAAGGAAAAAUCUGUUAAUCGUUCCAAGAUGGCAGAAAAUGAUACUCAGGCAACGCCGGUCAGGUCAAAAUUACCACUCAGGUGUCAGAACUAGUAGAACUUGACCGACCUUUACAUUUCUUAACUAUUUUGUUAAUCUUUUACCUGGGUCGUCCCACCAAUUAGGUGCCUUUUUUUUUUUUUUGAGUUGUGUAACUUGGUUGGAACUUUAUUUCACAAUUUUACCAUUCUGUGAAAGAACACAUUCAACUUAAUUAAAACCCUUUUUCCAAUCUCAUCUUAAAUUGUGCAUGAAUCCUGUUGUGACAGGGUGAAUGGAACCUUAUGUGCAAGAGUGAGUGGCAAUUGAAUGCAAUUUUCAACAUUUCUAGCCCGUCUAUGGGUUUCACGGUUAAUGUUAAGCUCCAUCUGCUCCGUUUUCCACAAGAGUAGAACCAGCUCACCUGCUUUUACACCAUGAUUUGACCAUUAGAUGUUCAGUGUUUAUUUAGAAUCAUUUUUUAGGCUGCAAUAUGGACCUGACCAAAUUCCUAUAGAAAUGUGUUAUAGGUCUGUCAUUCAAAGUGAAAGCAAGUCAAAAGUGCUAGAUCUAUUCUAUGCUCCCUGUUAAGUUUUGGUUUUGUACACCAGCUUCAAACUGAAAAUGCUAUAUUUUUGGUUAUUGAAAUAUUUCACAGUGGUUUAGAUGGUACAAUGAUUCUCUACACAUUGCUUGUUUUGUCGCAAACUAAGAAUUUUAGCAACCAGGAAAUGGCAGAUUUCGGCAUACUGCGCCUUUUAUAAAGGAAUAGUUUCACCAUAUUAAAACAAGUGGUUCACGUAACAGGCUUGACCUCAAAAUUUGACUUUUUUAUACCUUAAUGUAUAAGUAAUCACAUAUUCAGAAAUGACUUUCAAAGCAACAAAUAGGGCUUUCUAAAGGUGGUAAACAUGAGAUGUUGGUUAAAAUUCCUUUGCAUACUUUGACAUCUAGGGAUAUGUCAAAAUGCUGAUUAUUGGCACUUUAGCAAGUCCUUAUUCAUAUAAAAUCUGCUGUGUUCUAUAUUAAAGACAUUUCAUUCUAAAAUAACAUGCUUCUAAAAUUCAGGAUUUGUGCACAAUUUCUACUUAAAAUAUCAAAGGGAUGUAAAGUUAUUUUGUGGAACGACCCUUUUGUCAUUUUAGUAUUCUUUCUGUUCUCUUGGUGUAAUGUUCUGCUUUUUAUUUUGCUUUUAUAUAAAAAAUUGACAAAUGAAUGAGCUAGAAAACUAAAUGUUAUGUUUUGUACAUCAAACUAUUAAACAGAUAUUUUUAA